AUGCCGUCAAGACACUCCGCCGUGCCCAAUUUGGACUUCAGCUCGCUUAAAUCCGACUCGAAACAUGGAAAGAUUUCCUCUCCCCUCUCCCCUGGUGGUCAGAGUUCCGACGGUCUGAGCCCCUUAACACCGCGCUCGCCAAAAUCAGCCUCCAGUUCACCUCUUUUCAAGGGUGCGACCAUUCGUCCCGUCACCCAAGAAUCGAGUAGCAAGGCGACCAGCCCGACAACACCAGUCUCGCCGGGCAACUUGGCCGCCGAGUCCACCGAAACCACGGCCGAACCUCUUACCCCCGGCAUCACAGCCAUUCCGCAAUACUUUCCUUCUCCCAAGCCCUCUUCUAAACACUCUCGCGAGGCGUCCAAGUCAUUUUUUGGCACCCUCAAGGCACCCAAGUCUUCACACCGAACACAGCGCUCAGAUAGCUCCGGAGCUUCAACGGAGCCUCCAAAGAGUCGGGGUACCUCCAGAGAUAGGAAAUCUUCCAUGGCGCGCAUUUUGUCCGAGUCAACACCUGAUUUGCCGUCAAUUAUUGCACACGCAGAGGAGGCAGAAAAUAACAAACCCACUUCCAGCGAUAAGACUACACAAAAGACAGGUCACAGGAAAGCUAGCGCCGAGACCGAUUCCGCGCCCGUGAAAAAGAAUAAGCGAUUCGCAAAUCUCUUGACCCGAUCACGAUCAAUUCGAGUUGAUGAAUCGUCUGGGAAUAGGGCGCCAGGACGACGGCCUUCGACUGGUCUAGCCAAAUUGGAGGAGUUCCACCAGAGCGACUCACAGGCACCCCCACAAUCAGCCACGGUGGCAUCCGAAAGAUCGACGCGCGUCCCAGGAAAACAGACUGAACGCCAUGGUGACCUUGCCCCUAUCACCAAGCAAAAAACAGCAGGCUCAAUGGUCCAGUCUAGCUCCUUGAGCCAGGUCUCUGGAACAUCAGCAGCUAUCUUCAAUAACCUGAAGCAGUCAUCAAGUGGUGCUGCGGACCGUUUGGGGAAGGCAGGCAAAGGCUUCUUUGGGAAAAUUACUCGAAGCGGCAGCACCAAUGAACGCGAGUUGAUGAAUGAUGACUCUUAUGUCUGUUCUGUGAUCAACCUUCCAUUGAUUGAACAGGCUAGGAAGACCCGGAUUGCGAAGAGGCUGGAAGAUUGCCGGGAUAAGACUGAGUUCUGGAUGCCCGCUCUUCCAUACCGUUGUAUUGACUAUCUCAAUUUCAAGGGCUGUGAAGAGGAAGGACUUUAUCGAGUACCUGGUAGCGGCAGAGAGGUUAAACACUGGCAGAGACGGUUCGACACAGAGUUGGAUGUCAGUCUUUUCGAUGUACCCGACCUUUACGACAUCAACACGAUUGGAUCUUUAUUCAAAGCUUGGCUUCGUGAAUUGCCAGAAGAGCUCUUCCCCAAGAGGACACAAGAUAUGAUCGCUGAAAAAUGCGAAGGGGCCACAACCGCCCCGCAACUGCUCAAAGACGAACUCUCCAAACUGCCGCCCUACAAUUACUACCUCCUCUUCGCCAUCACCUGUCAUCUCAAUCUCCUUCACUCCUACGUCGAUCAAAACAAGAUGGACUACCGCAAUUUGUGCAUCUGUUUCCAACCUUGUAUGAAAAUCGAUGCAUUCUGCUUCCAAUUUCUGGUUUGUGAUUGGAAGAACUGUUGGCAAGGCUGCUGGACUGAGAAAGAGUUCGUUGCCAAGGAGAAAGAAAUGGAUGAGCAAGAAAAGAAGGUCGUUGAAGAGAAGGAGAAGGCUCAUUCCGAAAAGUCCGAGAGGUCUUUAGGAUCGCAACCAUCUUCUAUCCAUGAACGAGCUGUUUCCUCUGGCUCUAGCUCACCUGCCGAAGAUGAACGACCCCGUCCAGAAACAGCUCGAGGUCGAAAGAAGGCCAGGCCAAAGGACAUCGAGACAAGUACCAUCCAUUCUAGGAGUAUGUCACAGCUUCCUGAACUUGGACCCCCUCUUUCGCCCAUCAAAAUCUAG